AUGGACUCCUUCACGAACCAGCCAUCACCACUUUCUCUAUCAUCGUCAGCCAUGGAUGUAGAUGCCUCUCGAAGGACGCCCUCGCCAGUACCAUCUCUAGGCCACGAUUCGCUCAGCACUCCCACAGCAGAGAUGACCACGCCGCCGACCUUUUCCUCCGCUUUUGCAGUUGUCAAGGGUAGUGAGCCAGCAGGCAGACUAUCCAUCAUGGAGCAACCAGAUAUGAGGAACCCUGUAAAUGGCUGGGCAUCCCCUUCAUUCCCAAGAGAGUCGUUCUGUGGGAUCGACUCCCAUGAUAGUUACUAUGGGUUCGAUGAGUCUCGAGAGUUGACCGACUUGGACACUGAGCCUCAGUACCUUCCCACACCACCCAGUCAGAAACCUCGACUCCCAGUCAUCGGCGGUACCCCAGACUUUCUCAUCCUGUACUGCUUCAACAUCCAACGGGCAGCAGACUUCUACUCCCGUUGCUUCGGAUGGAAGUUCUAUGGCGACAUGAACGCAAGAGAGAUUGAUGACCCCAGCAAGCGACAGUGGGGGUCAUCCUUCUUCGACGUACAGCCCAUGAACUUUUUCAACUCGAGCGAAGACAAGGGCCAGCUCAAGAUCACGGGCGCUCUGGUCCAAAUGAGAACCACGCCCGACGGCCAAGCCCGGCUCGAGCACAAGCGGCAGAUGGCCAGGUUUGGUGCCGCUACACCGACGUGCCACCUCCGGGUCCCCGAUCUCGGCGCCGCUGAGGAGUUGAUCGAGCAGAACUUUGGCGAGGUCAAGCACUUGCGAUAUGGCAUCCGACAGUUCAUCAUGGACGUUGGAGAGUUUAUCGACACGGAGGGAAACCUGGUAGGGCUUAUUUCUCUACACCCGGAAAAUGCCAAUGCCGCUUAG